GAAUUCUAUUUAAAUUUAAGAUUUUUGGUUUUGUCAACCAUGACAGCAUGGUGAUGAUGGUGCACAUGAACGUCUGUAGCACUAUGUGCCCUAAGACCCAUGUGAUGUGACCUGGAUCUACUGAACACCAAAAAAAAAGGAAUAUUAGGGUCCAUUUAUUCCCAGUAUUCUCCAUAUUAUUACAUGUUUUUUUGGUCAAGAAAGAAUGGAGAGAUCACUUGUUUGCUGUUUAGUCUUCAUAUGUUUUUUGGUUCCUGUAACAGUUGUUGCAGACUGGAACAUAUUAAAUCAGAAGACGCGCAAUGGACUGAAGAUCAGUUUGAAGAAUUAUUGCGAGAGUUGGAGAAUGAAUGUCGAGCUGCAUAAUAUUCGAGACUUCCAGGUUGUGCCCGAAGAAUGCACUGAUUACAUUGGUAAAUAUGUCAGAUCUACUCAAUACAGUGUGGACUCAGAAAGGACGACUGAAGAAUGUUUGGUUUAUUUUAGUACUAGCUGCAAUCUGAAGAAAGAUGGUCAAGAUGCUUGGAUUUUCGACAUUGAUGAUACUCUUCUUUCUACAGUUCCUUUCUACAAGAAUAAUCUGGGAAAGAAAAUUAACGUGACGGCUUUGGAGGAAUGGAUGAGCAAGGGUAAAGCCCCGGCCCUUGAUUACUCAUUGAGGCUCUUCAAUGAGAUCAAAUCAAGAGGAAUUCAGAUCAUUUUGAUUUCUGGGAGAAGGGAGUAUCUCAGAUCAGCAACAAUUGAUAACCUUGUCAAUGUCGGUUACCAUGGGUGGACGAGUCUUAUUUUACGAGAUCCUGCUAAUGAAUUGGCGUCAGUGGCGGAAUACAAGUCGCAAGUGAGAAAACAGUUAACUAGUAAUGGUUAUCGCGUUUGGGGAAUCUUAGGUGACCAAUUCAGUAGCUUUGAGGGGAAUCCUAGCGGUAUAAGAGCAUUCAAACUUCCAAAUCCAAUGUACUAUGUUGCCUAAGUUAUCAUCUACCGUAACAGUAUUACUUCUAUAUAUAUGAAAUACUACAUUGAGGGACAAAUGCUUGUACUUGUUAGAUGUUUUAAGAAGUGUUGCCUGGUGAAUAAGCACUGAAUGAAUGAAUCUAUUAUUUGCAA